AUGGGUGAACUCAACUACUUCAUAGGCUUGCAAAUCAAACAAUUGAAGGAUGGAAUCUUCAUUAACCAAGGCAAGUAUGCAAAGGAACUACUCAAACGCUUUAGCAUGGACAACACUAGUAGCAAGACAACUCCAAUGUGUACUACUAUUUCACUUGACAAGGAAGAAAUGUGUAAGAGUGUGGAUCAGAAACUUUAUCGUGGUAUGUUUGUUUUACUUUUAUAUAUUACUGCAAGUAGACCAGAUAUCAUGUUCAAUAUUUGUUUAUGUGCUAGAUAUCAAUCUGACCCUAAAGAAUCACAUUUAGAAGCUAUUAAAAGGAUUCUACGAUAUAUUAAAGGCACAAUCAAAUAUGGUUUGUUUUAUCCAAGAACUAUCAAUUAUAACUUAAUAUCAUAUAGUGAUGCUGAUUUUGCUGGAUUUUAA